AUGGCCCCCAAAGGGACGUCGGAAGGCACAGGCACAUCAGAAGCCCCAAAGAAGAAGCACGGCUUCAGAGUCGGGCCUGAGAAUUUGCCAGACGGACCAUGGCGUCGUAAAGUUGACCAGAAGAAGCGUGAUUUGAUUCACAGAGCCAAAGUCAAGAAGGAAUACGCAAAGAUUAAGGCUGCGGAGGAAGCCAAAGCCCGGCCCCGUCACGGUGGUGAGAAGGAUGAUGACGAGAGUGAAGUGAAAUCAGCCCCAGGCGACGCCCGGGAUGACGAUGGAGAGGAAGGAGAAAAGAUGCAUCCCACCAGGCAGCUCAUGAUCAAGGAUGAAGACAUGGCACAGACGGGAGCUGAAGCGACUGGCCCUAGCGACGGCCAGAGGCGGAGGACUCGACGCCCUGGCUACUACGACAAGCAGCUGAAGAAGGCUGCGGAACGGCGUGAAGCAGCUGAGACCAAGAGGAAAGAGUACGAGCAACGAAUGGAAGAGCGAGCACAGAAACAGGCUGAGCGAGAGAAGUUCAAAAAGGCCAUGGCCAAGACCAGGGAUAAGGACGGCAACAAAAAGUUGGGCAGGGAGAGUGCGUUAUUGUUGGAAAAGGUCAAGAAGCUUGUUGCUCAAAAAUGAGCGGCAUGUUGGAGUUUUGCAUUGGUCAUAUUUUGUUACGAUACCUUGGCAUAUCAGAUUUGCGAUUGCAUCCUACGGUAAUAAUGGAGCAAAGGAAUGAAGACUUUUGAUAUCAGC